GUCGUCGACAAUACCGAAAAAGGAUUAUAGAGACAGUGCUAUUGUUAAGUUGCGCGAUAUUUGAUAACGAAAGGAGAGGAUGAAGUUGCAGUUUAACUUAUGGUGGGUUUCCAUUCAUGUUGGAGCUAUAUCGGCUUUCACCCCCAACCUAUCCCGUCCAUCUUCCUUUUCGAAAAAUAGGUUUGCAGGUUCUCGCAAUGAAAAGACACAAUUAUUUGAAUCGGAUUCUCCGCACCCACCCGAAUAUCCUCCGCCCGAUUACCCUACGGUACCUGACUACCCUCCAAGAGUAGACGAACAACUCGAGCUCGAUUUGAUAGACUCGGAACGACGCGUUAUGCUGUACGAGAAGGAAGUCGAGAUGAUUCGUGAACAACUGGACCUGAAACAAAUGGAACUACUUGAGGAGCAAAAUAUUUUUCGCGAUGAAAAAAGAUCACUGAUGAAUACGAUUGCCGAAUUCACAUCAAUUUUGGCGCGGAGAGAUGAAGAGCUAUCAGAGGCGAUUGAGAAAAGAGAGGAGCCAGUAGUAGAUCUGGAAAAGCAAAAAGAACUAGAGGAUACUAUUAAAGCACUGGAACAAAAGCUGCAGGAAAAGACCGACUCUUUGGAAUUUGAAAAACAGUCGUCAAACGAGCUCCGAAAUCGCUUUGAGGAUGCCGCAGAUGCUUUGGAAUAUGAACAGAUGAAUUUUGAAAAAGAACGCAAAGUAUUGCAAGAUUUAGUCACCCAAGAACGGUUGCAGGUCAAAGCUCUUGAAGAGAAAUAUGAAGAAAAUGGAAAGUCUUUCGAGACUGCUCAGAAGGAACUGCUGAAAAAGAUCAAGGACGAAGAAACGAAAUUAAGCGAUACUAAAGCAAAUUGGAAAGCAACGCAAGAGCAAUUGAAAACGGUAAAACAGAGAUUGGAAGCAUCCUUACAGGAAAAAGAGAAAAUUUUGAAAGACAGUCAAAUGAAGCUUGACACGGAAAAUGCUGCUCUUUCUACCCAGAUUGCUGGUCUGAAGGAAGAGUUGAAGAACGAACGUGUCAAAAUGGAAGAAAUCAAGAGUGGACUAGAGAAAGAAAAUCAAGAAUUUGCAAAAUCCAAAAGUACGUUACAAAGCCAGAUCGAAACAGAGGAGAAGCUGAUAGCAAACCUCAAAAAUCAAAUGGAUGAAGAAAAAGUCAGAUAUGAGUCCGAAAGAUCUACACUGAAUCAAGCGAUCGAAGGCAUUACCAAGAAUUUAACGAGUGUCGAGAAGCAACUCGCGGACGAGCGAGUAAAUUUUUCAAAGGAGAAGAAGAUGCUCGAACAAAAACUUGCAGACGAGAUUCGUGUUGGAAGGUUGAAAAAGAAGCAGAUGAAGGUGCGCUACGAUGAAAUACGUCGAGAAAUGACAGACCUUUGGCAGUCGUCAAAACGACAAGCUCGUCAAGAGCAAGAUCGCUUGAGGAAAAAAUAUGGAAGAAAGCUUGAUACGGUUCAGGCACAAGUUUCAAGGCUGGAAGGUGAUCUUGUUACGGAAAAGAAACGGCUAGUAGAGGGGCAAGCAAAAAUGGAAGCAAGACAUGCAGAAGAAAUCAAAUCACGGGACCUCAUGGUAACAGAACUUGAAGGUAGCGUUACUGCUCUCAGGAAAGUUAUCGUAGAUAAAGACCUAAUCAUCAAGGAAAAGAGUGAACAGAUUCAGCGAUACGAGACAAGUUUCCGACAGUUGGCGAGGUUGGGACUCGUUGUGACUGGGAACAAAAUAAAAAAAGUAGCCGGGCCACUGAAAAGACUGAUUGAAAAUUCACCACCCGAUGAAAUAGAAUAGUAUCGGGAUUACUCAUUCGUAGAAGGAGAGGAGUUAACGCAGCAGAAGUAGAAUAUUUUUGCUUUACGAAUGAAACGAGUGCAGUCGAUGGCUUCACUAAGGUUUGCGCAGCUAUCAAAAAUGGAAUUUUUGACAUGACGACAGACCUGUGGUAUCGUCAGGGGCAGGUACAACUACGUGUAUCAGUUUCAGCUUACGCAGUAAAGUAAUAAAAGAGAC